UCUCUCCGAACAUUGAAAUUUUAAAAAGUAGAAAGAGAAAGUUAAAUUCGGAAUUUCGGAUUCCGGAACUCACUCGUCCCCCCUCUCUGUCUCUCUCUCUGCAACUUAACUUUGUCCUCUUCGGCUCUUCCCUACGAUACAAUGCGCUCAAUAUCCAAAUGGCAUUAUUCACCUAUCUCCAACCUCAAGAUUAAAGAAAGAAAGAAAGAAAGAACGUGAUGGGAAUUAGGUUGGGUUUUUGCUGGUAUCAAAGCUGCAUAUUUUGAGUAGCAUGUGAAGAUUGUUGAGGGGGUUAUGGGGUCGAGCAGUAGCAAAGAUACGUCAUCGUCGUCGUCGUCGUCAUCCGCGGUGCCUCCGGUGGCUUCGGCGCUUCGGAGGACGAGGUCGAAGGGAGCUAGGGUUUUUCAGACUUCGUGUCUUGGCAGGUCGUUUGGACCUUAUGAUAGCGACAAUGACGAACAGAGUUCGUAUCACCGGAAGAAAGAAAAUGAGGGGUUGAUUGAUGAAGCAUGUACAGACCAAACUGCAAUGGAGUCUAAUCCAGUGAAUCGUGAGUUCUGUAGAAAGUUUAAAGCUCAACAACAACAGCCAAGCAACGGAGUCCCUUGCAUCUCUUCUGACAGUGAGCUUGAUGAAUGGGGUCAAGAGAUUGUCACUGAUACUGUUUCCAGAACAGGUAGCAGCUCAAGCCGGGUUGCUUCAAGUCGAUCCUUGAAUUCUUCAAGUCGCUUCCGUUCACGCUUUAAUUUCUUUCCUGGUAAUGUAAGCUUCAGAUUGAGCAGAGCAGCUAGCUUGGGGUCGUCAAGGUCCUAUCCUCUUUUCUCCACAAGUUUAACAACUUCUAACACUGAAGAAGGGUUUCACAUAGAUAGUGGUCCUACCGAUAGUUCAGUUCAUAGAAAUGCAACUCGACAAGGGAGUGACUUGCUUCCUGCAGGCAGCAUUAAUAGAUCUCCUGCACCACAUUACGGAGAGAAUUCUGGUGUAUUAAGAUUAGACUCUUCAGCUUCUGGUCGUUCAGUUCAUUUGCAGAAUGAUGAAAUUGUUUCUACUCAAGAUGUGAUCAUAAAUAAUGAGAAUACUAGAAUUCAGGCUGAAGUGAAUUUGGUGUCGCCAAGGAACCGUACUGACUUUGAGAAUGUUGAAACUAGACCUCCUGAAAGGAGGAUUGGAGCUCGAGAACCUGUUGAAAGAAGUGUCCGGUUUAGCCGAACUUUGAGUGUUGGCAGACUUCGUGAUAGGGUUCUCCGGAGAUCCUCAUUAUCUGAUGGAUUGUUUGGCCAUCUGCAAGAAGAGAGGGUAGGGACAGAUUCUAGUCAGGGAAGUGGAAGACAGGUGUGGGAUGGUGCAACCAGAACAAUAUCAUCUGACAGAAAUGUUGAAACAGCACCGACUUCGUCUAGUAAUCUUCUAUCCAGUAUGUCAAGCUCUAGGCUCAGCAGCCAAGAUCGUGAGGUGGACACCUCAAGACCAAGAGAAGCUCGGUAUCACGAUAUUCUGGACCACAGAACAGAUUUUCUUGAGAGGAGAAGAAGAAUAAGAUCACAGGUUCGUGCACUUCAGCGGUUGGGAAGCCGCUUUGAGAACUUAUCUGGACAUGAGAGGUCGUGUAUUCUGUCUGGACAACAUCGAACAGGACAUUGCUCAUGUAGAAUGAGCAAUCGCCCUGCUAAUCCUGAUGAUGACUCCAGUGCUAGAGCUAGCAUAUCAAGAAUUGUUAUGCUAGCAGAAGCUUUAUUUGAGGUUCUGGAUGAAAUUCACCAGCAAUCAGUGGUUUUGUCCUCCCAAUCUUCUGUGUCUUCCAUCGGAUCUGUUCCUGCACCAAAGGAAGUCGUGGAAUCCAUACCCAUAAAGAUAUACAUGAAAUCGCAAAAACAGCUCAACGAAGAGGCUGCACAAUGCUAUAUAUGCCUUGUGGAGUACGAGGAAGGAGAUUGCAUGCGGAUUUUGCCAUGUCACCAUGAAUUUCACAGCACUUGUAUAGAUAAGUGGCUUAAAGAGAUUCACAGGGUAUGUCCACUUUGUCGUGGUGAUGUCUGCAGAACUGAUUCACAGCCUUUGCCUGUGGAUAAUUGAAAUGAUAGCAUGACAUGUGCUCUGAGGAUGUGUAGUCUAUUUUUACCCACGGCAUCUCGAGUUAUGAGGUUGGAGAAUAAAAUCAGCCCAAGUGAAAAAUGGAUCAAAACUCUCACCUCCUGGACAUCGUCUUACAUCACAUCCAAGGAGCUAAGAAAUUUCAGCCGGGUGAAAGAUUCAGUUUUCUUUUGAAUGAGGGAAAUCUUCUUAUGAAUGAUGUUGAUGUAAAAAGCCUUGGUUUUUCAGAUUUGUUGUUCAAUCCUGGUCUCCAAUUUGAAUGUUCUCCUAGUGGUCUGAGUGAGAUUGUCCAUGGAAUAGCUCAAGUUCAUGCUUUGGGAGUCUCAGAUUUAAUCGAAGGCUGCGUACUCAAAAGUAUAGUUCAUUCUUCGAGAGUCGAGAUUUACACUUUUAUUGAAUCUUAGUGGGAAGCCAAAUUUGAACUGGAAAAUUGGGUGUACUUCCCCAUUUUGUAACUACUCAAGGCACUGUUCAUACUUCAUACCAUUUCUAUUUCUGUUCAGCCUCAGAUGAUCCUGAUAAAUGGGGUUCUACAUUGGCGCGGAGUAAAUAUGUGGUAUUGCUUCUUUAUGUGUAGACCUCGGCUGGUUGUAUAAAUGUCAAACUGUGCUUCGUAACACUUGCAUUAAACACAAGUAGGCAGCAGAAUUGUUCACGAUUCA